AUGUCGUCUGUGAGGACAGGAAUUUGCACUCCGACCCACUUCAACAUUGAAACGUGGCCCUCCAGCACCAUGUCCAAGCUGCGAGCUUACUUCAACGAGAGCUAUUUGAUCGGUGGUGUCGGAUACUUUGGCGGCACGGGGCUGUACACCACUCACAAAUUUGUGCUAGAUGCGGCCGCAGCAACGCCCCCAUACUACCCAGGGUUCUGGAUGGACUACAAAUUGACUGACGCUCUUAUCAAUCAGCUCAAUGAUCACUGUGAGAAAUCUGAGGCCUGUACAGAGCGUGAAAGUGCAGGUAAAGUCUGUCUGGUCGUUGCUAUGAUGUAUCCUCGAAACGAUCGCGGCUACUUCCAGGCUGUGGUCUCAAAUCUCGGAAUUGCUGCCUACUUUUGCUUCAUUGGAUACGACGGAGUGAACCAAUACGCACACGACGCGGCGCAGAGCGGAACCCCAGUGAUCUUUAUCCACUGGGAGCCUGAAAUAUUCCACGUGACUCACAAGGGACUUUUCGAUCGAAUAUUUCUGCCACGUACAGACCCUGAACGUAUUAAGUCGUCAACAGGAGACUACGGUGAGAAUGGCUACGGUAAAAAGACAAAUAACCCCAUCGAUGUGGAUUAUCCAAACCUUCAGCCCAUCAAACUAGACGCUGCCGUCGUCAAGAAUCAACCUGCCGGCUCGCUGUUCUCUAAGCUGACAAUCGCGGACUCGGAUAUCAACAGUGUGAUGUCUGAGUAUGUUGCUGUAUCCAGUAACUCAGCUGAACCAUCUCCGUAUUUCCGUGCGGCAUGCAACUGGGUGAAGGCAAACUACGACACGUGGAGUGAGUGGGUGGACCGCUUGCCAUUGUGUACAUUCGAAGAACACGUCGUGAGCCAAGUGACCGGCUGUGGCAACGAUAGCUCUGUGCGAGAAAUCAAGUUUUCGUGGAAGUCUUCAAACCCAGGAAACGCGUCGUUGCCGUACAACUGCGACGGAGGCGUGUCUACUCUUCCGAAUACGCUCGCCACAAGCCGCUCUUGUGAUUGGAUCUUUGAGAAUCGACGCACGUGGACUGGUUGGAUUGAUCAAAAGCCUGAGUGCGACUCGAGCUUUUACCAUUACUCAGUGUCAGAGUGUGCUUCCGAUUCUCUCCGUACGGUUCAGUACGUUUGGAAGCUCCCAAACGCCUCACAUCCUCAGUAUUCUGCAGAAUGCUCGGGUGGAGACAAGCUACCGGACACUCUCACCAUUGAUUGCGAGUAUAUGCCGACAUCCUCACCUUCGUUUGCAGCCAUGACAGUGUUCGCUGCCAUCGUGGCAUGUUUAUUGGCUGUAGCCAUUCUGCUAGUGGUCAAGAACCGCAACGCUCCGAUCAUCCGACGCUCGCAAUACGAAAUGCUACUGCUCAUGAUCUUUGGCGGAUUCUUCACGACGGGGGCGGCUGUGGCUUAUGCUGGGAAACCCACCAGAACACUCUGUGGAAUCCGUCCGCUACUGGUUUGCAUGGGAUUCACAACGAUAUUUGGCGCUCUCGUCAUCAAAUCUCUACGUGUCUACCGCGUUUUCAUGAAAGCUGCCAUGAAGCGAGUCAAGGUGACACUGUUUAAGAUCCUAAAGAUCCUCUCCAUCUUCUACAUCGGAGACAGCGUCAUAUUUGUAGCCUGGUACACUGCCGAUUUCCCGGAACCGACCAUCACAACGAAAGAUGCUACGGAGUUUCGCGGUACCGUCGACCGAAUCUCCUGCAGCUCGUCAAGCUUCAUCUUUACGGCGCUACUUAUCUUCUGGAAAGCUAUCCUGCUCAUGGUGGGACUCUACCUGUCGUUCCUCAUCCGCAACGUGUCGGUGGAUUUCCAGGAGUCUCCGUGGAUUUUCGGUUCGGUGGUGGUUGUCCUCGUAGGCUGCCUCGUCAUCAUGCCGAUGUCCUUUUCCGUCUGA